UUUUUUCUUCACGCAUUCUCAGUUUGGGUUUUACAAAAUUUGCUGAAUAGGUAGGUUUCAAAGUAGGACGUUAAUAAAUCCAUCUCUGUAAAGGCUUUGAUUUGUAGGUUUUGUGUAGAAGAAAGUAAGGAUUACAUCAUGCAGAUAUUCGUGAAGACAUUGACGGGAAAGACCAUCACUCUGGAGGUGGAAAGUUCUGAUACCAUCGACAAUGUAAAGGCGAAGAUCCAGGACAAGGAGGGAAUUCCUCCCGAUCAGCAGCGCCUCAUCUUUGCAGGCAAACAGCUGGAGGAGGGGCGUACCCUUGCCGACUAUAACAUCCAGAAGGAAUCUACCCUUCACCUGGUUCUCCGUCUCAGGGGAGGAAUGCAAAUCUUUGUCAAAACCCUAACCGGCAAGACUAUCACUCUGGAGGUGGAGAGUUCAGACACCAUCGACAAUGUCAAGGCCAAAAUUCAAGACAAGGAGGGGAUUCCCCCAGACCAGCAGCGCUUAAUCUUUGCCGGUAAACAGCUGGAAGAAGGCAGAACCCUAGCGGACUACAAUAUCCAGAAGGAGUCCACCCUUCACCUCGUUCUGCGCCUUCGCGGAGGGUUUUAAUUUUAUAUUGCUGUUUUAUUUGUAUUCCUGAUAUAUGUAUACGAGAUCUUUGAUCGAAUGAAUAAAUCUCUCUUCCAUUAGCGUGCAA